AUGGAAAAAGAAAAAAAAUACCUUAAGCCGCCGGAAGGGCCGGGGCACCGGCGGUGGCGCCCGGUGGCAGCGGCCUCGCCGCCCGGGGCGCGCGGGGCGGGGGAAGCGGCGGGCCGCGCGGGGCCGGGCAAGCGGCGUGGCGGGGCGGCGCGCGGUGGCGGCCGCGGCAGCGGCGCGGCGCGCGGUGCGGGGUGGCGGGGCGCGCGGCCUCGGGGGCAGCGGCGGGCCGCGCGGUGCCGGGACAGCGGCGUCGCGCGCGGUGGCCGCGCCGGCAGCGGCGCGCGGUGCGCGGUGGACGGAGCGGCGGGGCGCGCGGUGGCUGGGGGCGCGGGGCGCGGGCGCUGCGUGAGCAGGGGAGGAGCCAGCCGGGCCAGCUUUUACCCUACCUCGGCGCCGAGAUCCGUGGCGCCGAGCUCGGCGCCGUGA